AUGCUGGAUCCCGCCCAUCUCACAGUUCUCCUACCCCGCGCUGAAGAAGGGAGUGCUGCCGAUGCCUGUGCUACGGGAAACGAGUAUGAUGGCCGUAUGGGCCUGCGUGUAUCCGCCGUGUUUGUGAUCUUGGUCGGCUCUUCUCUCGGCGCUUUAUUCCCUGUUUGGGCUCGUCCCGGCGCCGUGAGGGAUGGGAAACGGCGUAUGAACGUUCCUCCAUGGGCUUUUUUCGUGGCAAAGUACUUCGGCUCGGGUGUUAUUGUGGCUACCGCAUUCAUCCACCUCCUUGCGCCUGCCCACGAAGCGUUGAGCAACCCCUGCCUAACCGGGCCAAUUACAGAAUAUCCCUGGGUGGAAGGGAUCAUGCUCAUGACGAUUGUCCUCCUUUUCUUCAUCGAACUUAUGGUCAUCCGAUUCGCUCGCUUUGGAGAUGCAGAUAUUGCCAGGGAGAUUGAAGAUGGUUCCUACAAGCACGACCAACCCCACAGCCACAGCCACAACCACAGCCAUGGUAACGACAACGUCCUCUGCACCACCCUUGUUCACUCACAUACCCAUGACCACCAGUGUGAAAUUUCGUCCAUACAUUCCGAACACAGAACCCAUGUCCCUAGCGAGGAUCAUUCGGGCCACAGUCGCGAUCUCCCGUCAGACAUAUCCUCCAACAAUCAUUGUCACACUCCCGCUGCUGAUGAAAAACCAUCGCCCCACAACCACGUUCACGGCCAUGAUCACCACCAUCACCAUCACCACCAUGGCCAUACCCUCUCCUCCCUCGUAGAAGACUACAGCGCGCAGCUAACUUCCAUCUUCAUCCUCGAAUUCGGCAUAAUCUUCCACUCAAUCUUCAUCGGCCUCACCCUCGCCGUCGCAGGCGAAGAAUUCAUAACCCUUUACGUGGUGCUGGUCUUCCACCAGACAUUCGAAGGCCUAGGUCUAGGCUCCCGCCUGGCGACCGUCCCCUGGCCGCGCUCCAAGCGGCUAACACCAUACAUGCUUGCAAUUGUCUUCGGCCUAUCUACUCCAAUCUCAAUUGCCAUUGGCCUUGGUGUUCGCGAGUCGUACCCACCCGAGGGCCGGACGACGCUGAUCGUAAAUGGCGUCUUCGAUUCGAUAUCUGCGGGCAUUCUGAUAUACACUGCCCUGGUGGAAUUGAUGGCACAUGAGUUUAUGUUCAGCCCGUCGAUGCGGCGGGCUCCCAUUCGGAAGGUUCUGGCUGCGUUUGGACUGCUCUGCCUGGGCGCGGCGCUGAUGGCCUUGUUGGGGAAAUGGGCUUAA